GCUGAACAGAUGCUUUGGAAUCAUCUUAGGCAACCAGUCUUUGCUGGAUGCGUAUGCCGAAUAUGCCUGUGGAGAUGGUCGGGACUACUUCGUGACGGAUCCAGCCAGAAGCCUGAAUGCAGAACUGGCACCUCUGGAGGGUGGAUGCAUUAACGUGCCACUCAGCAGCUUGCGCAUUGUUCGGGGCACAACGUUGAAGGCAAAGGCGUUGGAGGACGAUCAAGAUGACGUUCGCCUCGAACGCCAGCCAUGGCCAGUUCCUGCACAGGGACUGCCCGGAGAGCUGCCAGCAGGAGGAUUUCUGGCACCAGCUGCCCGCACAAGUCUUCGACCAGGACAUGCUGGUGCUCCCAAGCAUCCGCGAGCCCCCCCAGAUGGGGUACCAGCACUCACUCAUCGACUUCCUGCCACAAGCUUGGACGGUGCUGGAGCUGUUGCGCAAUUCCUCCACGAAGCUGGUGAUCCACACUUCACUUCAGAGCCAGCUGCUGGCAAGCCUGGGCUUUCCGCCAGUCAGAUCCUGGAAGUGCCCCUCACGGAUGAGCGACCUGCGGCGCUGCUGUGCGCAAAAAGCGGCCGAAGCCUGCAUCUCUGGCGUGUCGGCUCUGGCGACUCUGAACCACUGCCGAAGCAUCCGUACCAGGACCGUCGGAUCGACGGUGACCUUUGGCACCGGCUCAUCGAUAUCCAGGUGGGCCCGGAAAUCUCAGAUGCUAUCGCACAGUACAACGGCUUCGUGGCGGAGCCCUUUGCACCGCGCUUGGUACUCUUCCUGCAACGUUGCACCGACCGCCGCAUCCUCCAGAACGAACAGGCGGCACUGGCUGCCAUCAGCAGUGCCCUGAUCAAGUCCAAUCGGACGGAGGAACUGGUGUCGAUGUGCGCAGGCCGUGCGGACUUCUUGGAGCAGGCCUGGAAGGUUCGACAGGCUCGGCUCAUCGUGGGCGCGCAUGGAGGGGCCAUGGCUAACAUGGUCCUGGCACGGUCUGACGCAGGCAUCAUCGAGCUGGUUGGCGAUGCCGCAGCCCAGAAAGGCUUGGAAGGACUUUGGCCACCCUACAAAAGCAACUUCUACGGUGGACUUGGGGCCUCCUUCCCCUUCUACCGAGUGGUUCUCUACGAGGCCGACCCACACGGCAGGCUGUGGAUUCGCCUGGACGACUUGCAGACAGCAGUCACCAACUUCCUGACCCGACUCGACUAG